AUCACCACCACCACCACCAUCACCACCGUCUCCACCACCGCCAACGGGACCACUAUCACUACCGCAACCACCACCUCCAACGCCACCACCACCACUACCUCCACCACCGCCACCUCCGCCGAUACCACCAUAUCCUCUCUCAGCGAAGAUAACCUUUGCGAGAUCUUCCUCCGCCUGCCGGACCUCCCGGCCCUCGUCCGCGCCACGCUCACCUGCCGCUCAUGGCUCGGCGUCGUCCGCUCCUCCCUUGCCUUCCGCCGCCUGUUCCGUGCUCUACACCCGGCGCCCCUCAUCGGCCUCUUCCUAACCGGCGACACCUACCCCUUCUUCAUACCCCUGCGUCCCUCCGAUUCCGAUUCCGAUUCCAAUCCCGGUUGCGAUUCUGAUGUCACGGCCGCCCUUCGCCGCGGCGACUUCUUCCUCACUUCCCUCCCACAGUCGUUCUCGGGUUGGGCUGUCACCGACUGCCGAGACGGUAUCCUCCUCCUAUGGAACAAGCUCGAUAACAAUGACCUGUCCCUGGCUACCCUGAACCCCAUGACCUGGGCCGUGAACAUCCUCCCGUUGCCGGGCGGUAUUGCCGAUGGGAGCCGCCGCCAUCUCGAUUUCGUUGGUUUCCACCUGCAGUCCUCCGAGGAGAAACCCUGGUUGUUUCGGGUGAUCUGUGUCUGCACGAAUAAGCGCAGAGUUCGUGCCGCCAUCUUCUCGUCAGAGACCUGGGAUUGGGUCAUCCAGCCGUGGGUGCCCAUUGGUGGAAACAACAGCCUAAAGUUCAAGGUUGGUUCGCUGGUGAACGGUUCCAUUUACUGGCCUUUCCACGGCGAAGGACACAUGAUUAGGAUCAACACCGACACCUUGGAUACCACCGUUGUAGAUCUACCUGAGCAAGUGGAUGCUGUGAAUGGCUGCAAUUUCAGGGCUGGGGAGACUAAGGAUGGUGAGCUUUGCAUUGUCUAUCAUUCUGGAUUAUUACUCCAUGUUUGGAGCCGUAGUGUGGACAGUGAUGGAACUGAGAUAUGGGUGCCACAGAAUAGAAUCUCUUUCAGUGCAGAAAUUGAUAGGUUCACUCAGGACUUGCCUGCCUUUAUCAGAAUUGUGCAAGUUAGGUCUGGAUAUGUGUACUUAUCAAUGACGUACAUGACCCCCGCUGGCACGCAGCGUCGCUCGUUCUUCUCCAUUGCCUUGGAUACCUUGGUCCUUGACUUGCUGCUUGAGGGGGCAUUUGAUGAUUAUUUCUAUCCGUAUAUAAUGGCCUGGCCUCCUUCUUUGGUUGCUGAUGAUGGGAGGAUUGGACAUGAUGCUGAAGGUUCUCUCUGAAUUUACUCUCCAUUUGUUUGUCAUUUGCGUAAUGGCAUACAAGAAAAUGAAUGGAAAAUUUCUGGUAUAGUUAACCAUUAUAGGUUACUUUAUUGAUGCAAAAGGAUAUCUUGCUGGCAUUGAAAACACUGCU